UUAAAUGAGUGACAAAGGCAUGUGAAUGUGAAGGUGGAAAGGAGCAGUCUUGGCAAAUUGGGAGAGGGCUUAUCCACACCAUUGUUGCCACUGUACGUACUGUAAAGUGGCUUGCUAGUUGUAGUUGCUACCUCAUGAAUCCUCUUCCAAAGAUAAAAAAGGAAGGGAGGCACCUGAAUCUGUCGUUCUAAUGAAUCUACCUGUUGGUUGUUUGAGAUGGACAUCUGGGUGAGGAUUUGAACAACCGAACCACAAAUCGAAAUUCCGUGUUGGGGAAAGAAAUGAAACCCUAGGAGAAAAACACCACUUUUGCGGUCACCCGGAUUACAGUCUCUGGUACGUAGAGCGCCGCCGUCAUCUGCGGUAGUUUGGGAGCGAUCGUCGAAGAGAGGGAAGAUUAUCAGAGAAGGGAAGAAGAAGAAGAAGAAGAAGAAGAAGAGAAGAAGAAGAUGAAGAGUUUGUUCAAGUCCAAGCCCAAGACACCGGCUGACCUUGUCCGGCAAACCCGGGAUCUUCUUAAUUAUGCUCAAAGCAACUCCGACACUCGCGAAAGCAAGCGCGAAGAGAAGAUGUUGGAGUUGAGCAAGCUUAUUCGGGAGCUAAAGUCAAUUCUUUAUGGAAAUAGUGAUGCUGAACCUGUCUCAGAAGCUUGUGCACAAUUGACUCAGGAGUUCUUCAAAGCAAAUACACUGCGUCUAUUAAUUAUGUGUCUCCCAAAACUGAACUUAGAGACCCGUAAAGAUGCCACACAAGUUGUUGCAAAUUUACAAAGGCAACAAGUUCAUUCACGGUUGAUUGCUUGUGAUUACUUGGAGACAAAUUUAGAUCUAAUGGAUGUUUUGAUAUCAGGUUAUGACAACACAGACAUGGCUUUACAUUAUGGUGCAAUGCUGAGGGAGUGCAUACGGCAUCAGAGUGUAGCAAGAUAUGUUCUUGAAUCAGAGCAUAUGAAGAAGUUCUUUGAUUAUAUACAGCUUCCGAAUUUUGAUAUUGCUGCAGAUGCUGCUGCAACAUUCAAGGAACUUUUGACAAGGCAUAAGUCAACUGUAGCUGAAUUUCUUUCUAAAAACUAUGAUUGGUUCUUUGCAGAAUAUAACUCAAAGCUACUGGAAUCUGCCAAUUACAUUACCAGGCGACAAGCUGUUAAGCUGUUGGGAGACAUGCUUCUGGAUCGGUCAAAUUCUGCUGUAAUGACACGAUAUGUUAGCUCAAGGGAUAACUUGAGAAUUCUUAUGAAUCUUCUCAGGGAGUCGAGCAAGAGCAUUCAAAUAGAAGCAUUUCAUGUCUUCAAGUUAUUUGCUGCUAAUCAACAUAAGCCCCCAGACAUCGUUAGCAUUCUUGUUGCCAACAGAGGCAAGCUGCUCCGUCUAUUUGCAGAUUUCAAGAUGGAUAAAGAGGAUGAACAAUUUGAAGCGGAUAAAGCGCAGGUUGUAAGAGAAAUUGCUGCCCUUGAACCCAAGGACUAGAUGAGAUUUGAACCUGCUCCGUUUAUCAUUACGUUCUUUUCCUCCAGUCACUAGUGAAUUAAUAGAUUUCUCCAUGGACCAUGGUUCCGCAGCUUUAUAUAUAUAUAUAUAUAUAUAUGCAGAGGAGCGGUUUAUCCCCUUUCUUCCCCUGUCAUGUGUUUCUUCCCCACCUCCGUAGCUUCUGACCACUCUUGUGUAUUUUGCUUGUGAAUGAAUGUACUUAAAAGACAAAUGAGGAGAGGUGAUGAGAGAACAUGAUGGAAUUAUAGUAGUGCACAUGGAUGGCUGAUGCAAACCUGCAGAUAAUGAUUGAUUGAUCGAGCAAUCUUAUACAAUAAUUGAGGGCUUCGGUUAGUAA